CGGUGUAAGGAUAACAACGUUGUCGGUCCAUCAGAAAAAGUCUUCUAUAAACACUCACUCAAGGGAAGAGGCAAAUAGACAAAGGAGCUAACAGGAUAUACAGAGCUUAAGUGUUCCAUAGAAAUUGAAGAAGAAAAUUCUUGGAAGAAAUCAUAAAUUGGUAAAGAAAUUGUAUCCAAUAGCCAGUGACAAUGAUAAUACGCCUGUGUUAUGGCAGGCGUGUACAGACUUCCCUAAAAUUGGUUGCAUGCGCUCUGACAGCGCUAUUCUAUUUUGGAUUUCUUUUUCGUGAGUCUAUGAAUGCUUUUGAACAGAAUAAGGAUAAGGCCGAGGCAGCUGCGGUGGCAGUGGGCCUAAUACAACCACCAGGAAAGGGGGAGAUUAAAAUUAAACGUUUUCUCAAGGAAUCGCUAGCCAACAAGACCAACAAGAGGAUCAAGAACAUUCCAACAUCUUCUUCAUCUGGCAGCUAUGUGAGCAGUAGCAGCACCUUAAAUCCUGUUUAUGAAUAUUCCGAAGAGAUACACAGUGCCACCGAAAAUGAUUUGAGACAGCGACGUCAACAUUUACAACAGAUCUGUGAGAAAUAUAAUUUAUAUUCGUUCUACCCACCGAUGCCAAAAGAAUUCUUCAUAUCACCGGGACACAAUUUGGUGUGGUGUAAUGUCUUUAAGGCGGCCAGCAGUACAUGGAUGUAUUAUUUUAAUAUAUUGGGCGGCUAUGAUCCAAAAUAUUUACAAAAAGUCGAAACACCACCCAUCGAAUUGGCCCGUCAACGUUUUCCACGACCCUAUCUACAGGAUUUACUCGAUAGCCUACCCUCAUCGUUGUCAUUUCUCUUUGCCCGCGAUCCCUUUGAACGCAUUGUCUCCGGCUAUCGCAAUAAAUUGGAGGGUGGCAAGAACUCCUAUUACAAAUGGUUGGCCAAUCGUAUUAUCAAAAGAUUUCGUAAACAACCCAUGUCAGCGGUGAGACCCAAAGGACCCACGUUCAAUGAAUUCGUACAAUACUUAAUCGAACAACAUGCCAAUCAGAAAGUAUACAAUGAACAUUGGGCACCAAUCUACAACUUUUGUACGCCAUGCAGCAUAAAUUUUACCAUUAUCGGAAAAGUAGAAACAUUUAAUCGCGACUCGGAGUAUAUAAUACGUCAGGCCGGAUUGGAAUCCUUGUUACUGGGUAAAUUGCCAAAGAGUGCUUUGAAACGCAUUGGCAAUUUGUCCAAAGGUGCCAAAACAUACAAUUCAUUGGAAAAAUACUUUUCCGAAAUUAAACGCUCAACCUUAGACCAACUUAUUGAUAUUUACAAAUUAGAUUUUGAGUUAUUCGAUUACAACUAUACCAAAUAUUAUGACUAUGUUAUACCCGAUGAAGUUGAAACCGAGAUACCCUUAUUAUCGGCUACCCUGGGACCCAAAAACGAGCAGUCGUCACACCAUUAGAUUUAUUCAACUCAAAGAAAAAAAACCAAAAACAAAAUGCAAUCAAACCAAAAUUCAUAUAUUCUUCAAAAAACCACCCAAAACUCCCACCCAAGUACCUCUUUACAAAUUUUUGAAAGUACCAAAGCAAUCUACACUACGUUUUACGAUAUUAAGAUAAACCAAAGAAAUCUAAGCCAAAAACAAAACCAAAUCAAUGAAAGUUUUCCAGUAAAAAAAUUAACAAAACAAAAAAACCUAUUGUAUAAAAAUAUUUAAAAAAAACCAAAUUAAGAAGUCAACACCCACAAAAACACAAAACAAAAAAAGGCCAAAGACUAAUCUUAGUUAGAAUAUGUGACGUAACUUCAAAGUAACCAAAAAUAUUUAUACAUCAACUGUAUUUUAUUGUACUGAAUCUCUAUAUAACUCUCAUUUUUACACAAAACCUAAAAAAUAUAUAUACAUGAAAAAGUAAAUCGUGAAUGAAUGUUUGUAUUAUUAUAUUAUUUUGUAUUAUUGUUCUUCUAUAAGACUUGUUCCUUUACUAUCGUGUGAAAGGUAGUAUGGAAGUAUGUAUUACGCCUGGAGUAAAUUUAAUGAAACAAUUAUUUUUAGAAAAAGUACACAUUUUCUUGAUUACGUAUGUGAGUUAUGUGUGUCUUAUCCUCAACGGAUUGUAUACAUAUAACUUAUUUUCGGAUUUUUUAAAAUCAGUAAUGGCCCAUCAACAAAAUACUUUUCAAAUGAGUGCCUCUUUAGGACACAUUAAUUCUCUUUGAAGUAUUUCAAAACCCAAUAACCUAUACAUUGCAUUACUUUGUAUUCUGAUGCAUUGGAUCAUCCUCGAUUUUCAGAAAUCAAGUAAAGUACAGUAAAGGAUCAAGUCUCUUGACGUUAAAUUCAUUUAAAGUCUUAGUUGAAUUUUAUUCUCAUAUUAGAUAUAUAUUUUUAUUUCACUUUCAUUUUAGUUAAUGAAAAGUUGCUAUUUAAAUUGUAACUGUUGAUGUGAUGUUAAACAAAAUGUUCUAAACUUUUAAAAAACCAAUAUUAUUAUUAUUAUUAUUAUUAUGAUUAUAAUUCUUAUUAUUAAAAAAAAUAUAUAUACGGACAAUGUGUGUGUUUUUUGUGUAUCAUAUUCAAAGCAUGAUGCAACCUAUUUCGAUAAGUAUUUAUAUUGUACUUUUAUGAUAUUAAUAACAAAAUAAAUCUAAUAUUUUUUCU